AUGUCCACGAUUGAUACCUCUCUUCCUCCAGAACCCUCUGGGGCUGCAGCAGGGCUCGCUGCUAAGCACGCCGAUGCCCACCCGCUGAAGCUUUACGGCGGCUGGUUCUGUCCUUUCGUACAGCGUUCAUGGAUCGUCCUUGAAGAAAAGAAAAUACCUUAUCAGUACAUCGAAAUCAAUCCUUACAAGAAGGAAGCUUCAUUUUUGGCCAUGAACCCCCGCGGCCUGGUGCCUACGCUCGCCGUGCCAGUCGGUUCGCAGGGGAGCAAACAGAAGCCUCUAUUCGAAAGCAACAUUAUCAGCGAGUAUCUGGAUGAGGAAUACAAUGAUGAAUCCAAAUACGGGCCAAGCUUGCUACCAAAGGAUCCCUACGACCGAGCGCGCGCACGCCUCUGGAUCGACCACAUUAGCAACAAAAUCAUCCCCGCUUUCUACAAAUUGCUGCAGCACACCGAUGAGAAGCCAUUCACGCUAGAUGAAGGCCGGAAAGAGCUCCAUAAACAUAUUCACACUCUCACGGAGCAGAUGGAUCCAGAAGGCCCAUUCUUUGCGGGCAAGGAGCUGGGCAUGGUCGAUAUCUGCCUGGCGCCAUGGGCUAAACGCCUCUGGCUGAUUGAUCACUACAAAAAUGGCGGCGUAGGGAUCCCUUCCAAGGGGCAAGACGAAGAAUGGGGACGAUGGAGAACAUGGUUCAACGCAAUUACAGAGCGCAAAAGUGUACAGGAGACAUGGAGUGCUGAUGAACGGUACAUAAUUGCAUACAAGCGAUACGCCGAUGACACGACCAACUCAGAGGUCGGCCAAGCGACACGACAGGGCAAAAGACUCCCAUAG